CUAAAUCCAGCGGCCGCCGCCUGCCCUACAGCUGCCGCCGCGCCGUACCAGCUACCGCCGACGGCUCAAUCCCGCCCAACGCGCCCCUCCUCUCUCUCUAACACCCCUCUACUCUCAACGCGCGUCGCCGCCAUCGCCGUCCCCCUUUCUCCUCACCGCAACAUCGUGUUCCUGCUGUCUCCACGCCGUCCACAAUCAUUGUCCAUUGGGUCUUGAGUUACUGCAGGCCGAGUGGAACAUUCUGUUCGUAGCGAAUGGCGAGGGAACCAAGUCCUGAGAUAGACGACGAACUUUUCAAUGAAGUUUAUGGGAAAGCCUACAGCGGCCCGGUUGCACCAGCUGCAAACAGCGCGAUACCCAAGGUAAAUGAUGAGAAGAGGCCGCUGGCUGUUGAGAAGUCAGACGAUGAAGAUGAGCCCCGGGAUCCCAAUGCUGUCCCUACUGACUUCACCAGCAGAGAGGCUAGGGUUUGGGAGGCUAAAGCUAAGGCUACAGAAAGGAACUGGAAGAAGAGGAAGGAGGAGGAAAUGAUCUGUAAAAUAUGCGGAGAAUCAGGCCAUUUCACUCAGGGCUGUCCAUCCACACUUGGAGCAAAUAGGAGAAAUGCAGAUUUCUUUGAAAGAGUUCCAGCAAGAGACAAACAAGUCAGGGAUCUUUUCACCGAGAGGACAAUAAGUCAGAUUGAGAAAGAUGUGGGUUGUAAGAUCAGAAUGGAUGAGAAGUUCCUGUUUGUCAGUGGGAAAGAUAGGUUAGUGCUAGCCAAAGGUGUAGAUGCUGUGCAUAAACUUAUUCAGGAAAGUAAAGGCAAACAUAGUUCAAGCAGCCCAAAACGGGACCGUUCUAGAUCUCCUGUACGGAAUUCUGCCGAUUUUCGCCCCAGGACCUCUGAGUCUCAAUGGUCUCAUAGCCCAAGAAAUGUGCCACGCUCUCAAAGUAAAGGACACUAUAAUGAAAGGCCUCUGGAUGGUCGCUUACGUGAUGAUAUUCCGAAGUAUCCAAAAGGGUCUCCACAAGCUUAUGCCAACUAUGGAGCAAAGGACCGUCCAGUCCAAUCAAAAUCUCCAUGCCAACCCUCCUAUCUUGAUGAGCCCCUUAGAUCGCAUGGUGGGAAUAACCAAUAUGCCACAUCACAUAUUCCCAAUAACAGCAGCACUGAGAGACAUGGAACAGAUUCCCGCCUAGACCUUAAGUUUGACCUGCCUUCGUAUCCACAAACUCUGGAAGAGCUUGAAAUCGAGUUUAAAAGAGAAGCUAUGGAAUUAGCUAGAGCCCGUGACCAAGAGGAGGAUGAAGAAAACUACAAGCAUCGUGAGUCACAUAGAGAAAUGAGAGAGAACCACAUGAAGAGAGUGUCGGCCACAAGGAGUAUGCAAGCACGGAAGUGGGAUGAAUUUCUUGAACAAAGUUAUAAAAGGCAGCAGCAGGCUCAGCAGACCUCAUACACCCAAAAUGGCUAUCCAGAUUUUGAUCAGAGAGCUACACAUUAUGCCCCUACUGGUCCGCCAAUCGAUUCAAAGAACACGUAUCCAUAUGCUAGUGAUAAUUAUUCUGCUCCAAGGCGUCAUGCUGCUUAUGGCGAGUUUCAGCAUGACAGACAUGACGAUUUAGGGAGGACCUAUGGGCGAUAUUAGCUGUUGAAUGGCGGGCGCUUUUGUGAGGACUGAGUCAAUGGUGUGCUACUGUCUUAGCGCCUAUUAUCUGUUGUGUAGUUUCAGAAGGUAAGAAUCCUCUAAGCAACAUAUGUUCCAGUUGCAGUCUCCAGCACCAUCACAAUGAAACGAGGAACUGUCAAAAUGGAUUUAAGAUACCAUAUCAGUUGCUUUUCUAUUAACUAUGGAGAAACUGGUCUAUGUUAUGGCCAUUUUGAACAGUGUAGCAUGAUGGCAAUUUAUUCAUGUUCUUAACGUUCUUCCGCACUGGUAUAUUCCUGCUAAGCUGGCAUUAACAGAUCUCUUGGCAUAGCAGUUUA